AUGAUAAGACACCUCUCCUCCUCUUCCUACUCACUCCUCCCCUCCAUCUUUCCUCCUCCCCCUCCAUCUCUCCUCCUCCUUCUCUCCCCCUCCUUCUCUCCUCCUCCUUCUCUCCCCCUCCUUCUCUCCGCCUCCUUCUCUCCCCCUCCAUCUACCCCCCUCCAUCUCUCCCCCUCCAUCUUUCCUCCUCCCCCUCCAUCUCUCCCCCUCCAUCUUUCCUCCUCCCCCUCCAUCUCUCCUCCUCCUUAUCUCCGCCUCCUUCUCUCCCCCUCCAUCUACCCCCCUCCAUCUCUCCCCCUCCAUCUUUCCUCCUCCCCCUCCAUCUCUCCUCCUCCUUAUCUCCGCCUCCUUCUCUCCCCCUCCAUCUACCCCCCUCCAUCUCUCCCCCUCCAUCUUUCCUCCUCCCCCUCCUUCUCCCCCCCUCCUUCUCCCUCUCCAUCUCUCCCCCUCCAUCUCUCCUUCCCCCCCUCCAUUGCUCCUCCUCCCCCUCCAUCACUCCUCAUCUCCUCCUCUCCCCCCCUCCAUCACUCCUCUUCUCCUCCUCUCCCCCUCCUUCUCUCCCCCUCCAUCUCCUCCUCUCCCCCCCUCCAUCACUCCUCUUCUCCUCCUCUCUCCCCCCCUCCAUCGCUCCUUCUGCCGCUGGUUCUUGUCAGUAAUCAUUUCAUUCGGUCGGUAAAAUACAGCUCUGUGGGAGCCGGACGCUUGAGGCCGACGCAGGAAAAGAUUGCUCUUCUGCGGAAAUAA